ACUCGAGUCGUCGCCUCCACUCGCAUACACACUCUCUCUCCGCUGCUUCCAGAACCUUCUCGAAGCCCCCCUCGCGCUCCCGCUCCCGAUGGCCAAGGAGCCGGUCCGCGUGCUCGUCACCGGGGCCGCAGGACAAAUUGGAUAUGCUCUUGUCCCCAUGAUCGCUAGGGGUGUGAUGUUGGGUGCUGACCAGCCUGUUAUUCUACACAUGCUUGACAUUCCACCGGCUGCUGAAGCUCUUAAUGGCGUUAAGAUGGAGUUGCUUGAUGCUGCAUUUCCUCUUCUGAAGGGUAUUGUUGCAACGACUGAUGUUGUGGAGGCCUGCACUGGCGUGAGUGUUGCGGUUAUGGUUGGUGGGUUCCCCAGGAAGGAUGGAAUGGAGAGGAAGGAUGUUAUGUCAAAAAAUGUAUCCAUCUACAAAUCCCAAGCUUCUGCUCUUGAGGCUCAUGCAGCACCCAGCUGCAAGGUUCUGGUUGUUGCCAAUCCAGCAAACACAAAUGCUCUCAUCUUAAAAGAAUUCGCUCCAUCCAUCCCAGAGAAGAACAUUACUUGCCUCACCCGCCUUGAUCACAACAGGGCACUUGGCCAGAUUGCGGAGAAGCUUAAUGUCCAAGUUACUGAUGUGAGAAAUGCAAUCAUCUGGGGCAACCACUCAUCCACUCAGUACCCUGAUGUUAACCACGCCACUGUGAAGACUCCCAGUGGAGAGAAGCCUGUCCGUGAACUUGUUGCUGAUGAUGAGUGGCUCAAUACAGAAUUCAUCUCUACCGUCCAGCAGCGUGGUGCUGCCAUCAUCAAGGCAAGGAAGCAAUCCAGUGCCCUCUCUGCUGCCAGCUCUGCAUGUGACCACAUUCGUGACUGGGUUCUUGGCACUCCUGAGGGAACAUAUGUCUCCAUGGGUGUGUACUCUGAUGGUUCGUAUGGUGUGCCUGCUGGUCUGAUCUACUCGUUCCCGGUAACAUGCAGUGGCGGUGAAUGGACAAUUGUUCAGGGUCUCCCGAUCGACGAGUUCUCAAGGAAGAAGAUGGACGCCACCGCCCAGGAGCUGUCUGAGGAGAAGACGCUUGCCUACUCGUGCCUCAACUAAAUUUACUAAGCAAUAUCCAGAGGGCCAGAGAGCGAUUGCUACCCCACCGUGUUUUUUGAAUAAAAGAGACCUUAAGCUCCAUUUACAUAGAAACUGUUUAUCUCGACCGCCGCACAUCGUGGUGCAGACGCCGUUGCUGGUUUUUUCUCCAGUGUGUAUUGAGGAUUUGUAGCUCCUUUUUUGCCUGGUGAUUCACAGGACAUUUGCUGAAAACAUUGAACCAUUUGACA